AUGUUAACCCCCAAAACCCUAAAAAAAUUACAAGAAGAACAAAAAAAAUUGGACGAGUUCAUUGUUCAAAAAAAUAAUAUUACUGAUAAUUUUAAAACCGGAAAAAGUUUUAUCCGGACUAAAAUUGCUCUCUUAGCUCAAGAAGAAUUGAUUGAUUGUCUACAUUUUUAUUUGAGUUGGAUCAAUGCUUUUCAAAUAGAUUUUGCGGAUUAUAAUUUUAAAAAAUUCGCCCUUGAACCUGAUUAUAAUGAAUUAUUGCUGGCUCUAUUUUCGGAGACUGAAGCGUUUAAAAAAGAAAUAAGCGAAUUAAAUCCCAAGGAUAAGGACUACCAAAAAAUUUUAGCAAACUACAAAAAAGCAAAAGAAAAACAACAAGAAAUAAUUGCCAAAAUGAGUAAUAAUUUUUUGGAAGAAAUUAAAAUAGAAAAAAAUAAAGCCAAAAAAGAAUUAACCAUUUUUGUUGGCAAAUUAGAGAAAAUCCGCAGUAAUCAAAUCUCCUUGGAACUCUUAAAAGGAUUAAUAAUAAGUUAUGGUAAAGGAAAAAAGCCUUUAAAAGAGAUAGCCAGUUUGCGAAUUUCCCCCAAUAAUGAAUUAGUAGUACGAAGUUUUGAGCCAGGGCUUACCUCGUUGAUUAGCAAAACAAUUUUAGAUAAAAAGCUGGGGUAUAAAGUUGAAAGAAUCACCAAAGAAGAAGUUUAUUUUACUCUCACCUCCAUUGCUACCGAAGACAAAGAAAAAUUGAUUAAAGAAGUUAAAUUAAUUACUGAAGGAGGGAAAAAGGAAUUUCGUAUUAUCCACCAAGAAAUAAAAAAUUGGUUAAAAAAAGCCUCCGGUCUCUCCCAAGACCAGAAAAAGAAUUAUGAAAAGCAGAGUGAUGAGUUG